AUGGUUACAAAACUAGUACAGAAAUUUUCUGACUUGGGAUUACUAGAGCAGGGUCAGACUAAGCGGGGUAUUCUGUUAACUAUGGUUGCCCAUUCACCCAUUGUAGAGCAGAUUAAAGAAGCUCAGGCUACUGAUAAGCAUCUGCAGUUUUUAUGUAGUAGAAUUAUCCCAGGACAGCAGAUAGGAUUCUCUUGCGAUGGAAAUGGAAUUCUGUAUUUCCAGGGGAGAUUGUGUGUUCCUAAAUCGCCGUCCGUGAAGGAAGACCUACUUCAGGAGGCACACUGGUAUAGAUUUACGAUUCAUCCUGGUGGUACACGCAUGUAUAGGGAUCUGAGACGUUCAUAUUGGUGGACUGGCAUGAAGAAAGACAUUGUGGAUUUCGUUGCACGACGCCUUGUAUAUCAGCAAGUGAAGGCUGAACAUCAGAGACCCGCUGGUUUGCUUCAGAAGAUUCAGAUACCGAAAUGA